AUGAUCCAAAGGCAGAAUGAGCAGAUCAAAAUGAUCAGAGAUAAAAUGAAGGCUUCCCAGGAUCGACAAAAGAGUUAUUAUGACAAAAGAAGGAAGUCAUUGGAGUUCCAGGUAGGUGACCAUGUGUUUCUGAAGGUCUCACCUGUGACUGGAGUUGGGAGGACUCUAAAAUAUCAGAAGUUGUCUCCCAAGUUCAUUGGGUCAUUUGAAGUGUUGAGUAGAAUCGAUCCUGCAACAUAUCGGAUCGCGUUGCCUCCGAAUCUCUCGAAUCUACAUCCGGUGUUCCAUGUGUCGCAGCUUAGGCAAUAUGUGCCGAAUCCUUCCUAUGUGAUUGAUCUUGACCUGGUUCAAGUAAGAGGAGACUUGUCGUAUGAUGUGUACCCGGUGAGGAUUGGGGAUCACCAUGUUAAACAGCUGAGGGGUAAACAGAUAUCAUUGGUGAAGGUAAUUUAG